UCCCGGAAGUCCAGCAUCAUUUUCUCUUUCAGGAAGAGAGAGACGCAUCAUCGCCAGAGCUUUGACAACAACGGGGACACUGGCAAAAACAUCGGCCAGGCCGGCAGACAUUCACUUUGUUUUGCAAGCGGAAAUCCAAUGAAAAGGACAAAUGAAGUGACCAACAGGAAACAAUGUCAUCGUUCCAGGUGGUGGAUUCAUCGCCGGGCAGCAGCGUCAGCGUGAUGGAAACGUCCAACUUUGCCCACGUUAUCUUUCAGAAUGUGGGAAAGAGUUUCCUACCCCAGGCACCCUUGGAGUGUCGUUACACCCUGACCCCUUACAUUACUCCCCACCCCAAAGACUGGGUGGGCAUUUUCAAGGUGGGUUGGAGCACAGCCAGAGAUUACUACACCUUCGUUUGGUCUCCUAUGCCUGAAAACUAUGAACCAGGAAGUACUGUGCACAGGGCUGUGGUGUUUCAAGGUUAUUAUGUUCCUAAAUCUGAUGGAGAGUUUUACCAGUUCUGUUACGUCACUCACGCUGGUGAUAUCAGAGGAGCCAGCACACCCUUCCAGUUCAGGUCAGCCACGCCCACCGAAGAGCUGCUGACUGUUACUGAGGAUGACAGCAACUCCGACAUACUGGUCGUCACCACCAAAACGGGCCUGCUAGAGCGUGUGGAGGAAGCACAGCAGGAGCGCAGGGAACUGCUGAAAGCUAUGCGUCUCCUGCAAGAGGAGAAGCAACAGUUGCAGGAGGAGCAGAAGCGACUGGCCAGGGAAAGGGAGCAGGAGAGAGAGACGUGCUGCCUGCUGCGGACACAUAACCAGGAGCUGCUGCGUUCUUCACAGGGCCUGUCAGAAGAGAGGGAGGAGGUAAGGCGGAGGCUGACAGAGGCUACGGACCGGGUACGCCAGCUAGAGGAGGACCUGCUGGGAGUCACUCAGAGGGGCCUGCAAAAGGAGACAGAGCUGGAUUGUCUGCGUGAUCGCUUAAAGAAGUUGACAGCAGAGAGAGACAGUCUGGAGAGCCAGCUGAAGAAUGAGAAGGAUGAGCGAGAUCUUUAUAAGGCCCACCUGCGCAGCACAGAACUGGAGAACACUAAGCUGAGCGCAGAGCUUCAGAUGCUAAAGGCGGUGGAGCUGAACCGGGAGGUGACCAUCGCUCAGUUCCAAGAGGAGCUGGAGAGGCUCAGGGCCUGCGUUGCACAGAGAGACAGCCUGGAGAAAGAGCUGCUGGCACACAAAGCUGACAAAGCAGAGCUGGCCCGUGUACGUGAGCAGCUCCGUCAGGCUGAGGAGCAGCUCCAGGCAUCCCGGCAGCAGGCCUCUCUGCUAGCCUCGGAGCUGCGUGACUCAGCCAGUACUCGCGACCACACGAUGACCGAGCUUUACCGCGCCCGCUUAGAGGCCGACAAGCUCCGUGCCAGUUUAGCUGAUGCCCAGGCAGAGUGCCAACGCAUGGAGAGCCAGCUUGACCGCAUGAGGAGCACUGCACAGAAGGAAGUGGGUGUUGGGACCAAUGGGGACAUGACACCCAGCAUGAUUGUGGUGUCAGAGGCAGAGGCUGAGCUGCAGAGGGAAGUGGAGGAGCUGAAGCUGCGUCUGCACAUGGCUGCUGAGCACUAUAAGGAGAAGUACCGGGAGUGUCAGCGCCUCCGCAGACAGGUGGCCAAACUGAACACAGCGGAGUCCCAAGGGGAGCCAAAGAGAAAUGCAUCUACUGAGACAACACUGGAGCCACUGACCCCUAGUCCAGAGUCACCAACAGGAGGAAAUAUAGCUGCUGCAGUCCUACAAGAAGCUGUUGAGAUGACAAUCACUCCAGACGUCAGCAACAAGGAAGUCACAAAUGCUGAUACACAAGUGUGCACAGAGAAGGAGGAGCAGAAGACACUGAAUACACUAGAAGAGAAAGCUGAGGUGAAGGUUGAAAGUCAAGUUAAACAAAUGGAUGAUAAUGAAAAAGACAAAGAGAAUGAAAAAGAGGAGAGGAAGGAGAGCCUGCCGGAAGAGAGCCUGAGGAUGGCGAGCUGGGUGGAGGUGGAGAACGAGAGGCUGGGCGCUGAGGAAAACAGUGAGGUGGAAGGGGCCCUGAAUAUGGAGGAGCUGAGGGACGGUGCCGAGGAGCAGGGGCUGCUGGAGGUAGAGGAGAGGUGCAUGGAAGAGGCAGAGAAGGAGCAGACUCGUUCAGUGGAGGAGGAGCUGGCAAUGAUGGAGGAGAAAUGGAGGGAGCAGUGCGCAAUCAAUGAGACACUCAAACAACGGCUGGCUGACGAGGAGGAGCGAUUCAGAGUCCAAAUGGCAGAGAGAGCCAGCGAGGUCACCGAACUGAAACGCAACCUUGCCCAGGCUCUCAGAGACAAAGAGCAGUUACAGGAGCAGUUGCAGCGUUACAUGUCCAGGCAGAGGGAGCAGGAGGUUGCUGUUCAGGGUGCUGAGGUCCGGCAGCCAAUGGUGCUGCGCUACCCUCUGCCCUACCCCCAGCAUCCCUCCCCUCCGCCGCUGGUGCCGCAGAGGCCCGCUGAGCUCCAGUACGGCAAUCCUUACUCCACCGACACCACAAGAGAUCGGGAGGAUGUUGCACUUUCCCCUGAGCACGUGUCCCGUCCCCCACCUGAGGCUCCAUCCUGCACCCCUCCCUGCGCACCUCCGAUCUCACCGUCUAGCCCGGGUCCGGGAGCACCAGGCUGGGAUCGAGAGGUGGUCUGCAUCCAACCGUCCCGCAGCACAAGUCCCCCCGAGACCCUCGAGCAUCCACCAGAGGAGCCACAAAAUGUGGGAGAUGGGGCUCAACAGUCCUGUGAUCAUCAGCCCAACAGACGCAGUGAAACCAGGAGCAGCUUCUGCUUUGACUCCAGGCUUGUGUAUGACAUGAAUGACAAACAGGACAGGCCAUAUAUGUGCGGCGCCCCAGGCUGCUCUCAGCGCUUCCAGUUAGAGGAACAUCUGAUCAUCCACAGGCACAAGCAUGAGAUGACCCUCAAGUUCCCCUCCAUAAAGACAGAUGCAGCAUUCACAGACCAGACUCCGACGCCGACACGAUUUCUGCAGAACUGCGAAGAGGUUGGUCUCUUCAAGGAGAUCGAGGAAGAAUUUCUUCAAGCACAAGAGGAGGAAAACAAGAAGCAGUCGCUUUCUCAUAAUGGGCCCUCCUGUAUGAGCCAGCACCAGCUCAAACCCCAACAUCAGCUCCAGCACCCACCCCAGCCUCAGCACCCACAUCCCCAACCACCGCUGCAUCAUCCCCAGACUCAUGCACUGCAUCAUCCCCAGACACAUGGCCCCAUGAUGGCCCCUAGCUGCAGCCUGGCCGCCCAGCAAGGCCUGUCCUCCUCCCAGUCUGGAUCAGUCAUCACCCAGGCUACCUCCACCCUAACACACUCCGAGCUGGUUCCCGGGCCGCUGUCGUGCCUCCUUCACAUGCGGAACAGACACAGGCAGCCGCUACCAGCCUCCUUACCUGGCACCCUGCCAGACCCCGCCAUGCAAGGGGCAUCUGCUCAGCACAUGACUAUGGAGAAGCAGAUGUCUUGUGCAAUGGGUAUACCGGCUCCUGUACACAACCCCUCCUGUUCUUCACCCCAGAGAUCCAAGCAGACAUUGGGCCACCAUUAUCAACAGCACCACCCAGGAAUGAUCACCAUCAAUAACAAUGUGCCACCCAUGGGCCACAUGAUAGAGAUGAUGCCACAGCGUCACCAGACACCUCCACUACAACAACAACAACCACAACAGCACCACCACCACCAUCAUCAUCAUCCUCAGCCUCAUCACUCACAGCUUCCGCCUGUGCCUCUUACCUACCAACAGCGGUGCCAUGCUCCCCACCCACAGCAUCUUGGAAGCACCCAGAGCCACCAGCUGCACCAGGCAGGGAAUUUACCACCUCACGCUCAGGCUCACCAAUCACCGCCUUCACACUUACACCCAGGCUCACCGCCUGCACCUCCACUGUCUGCUCCUGCGCAGUUAUCACCAGUUGCACAGCAGAUGCAGCCUUCCCAGCCAUCUCACACUCAUGCAGUGCAGGCAGUCGGUAGCUGCAGCGGAGGUGGUGGAGGAGGCGGAAACCGUCGAAGGAGGACAGUAGAGCAGGACCCCGACGAGCGAAGGCAGAAGUUUCUGGAACGUAACCGGGCCGCAGCCACCCGCUGCCGACAGAAGAGGAAGCUGUGGGUGUCAUCGCUGGAGAAGAAAGCUGAAGAGCUGACGCACACGAACCUACAGCUACAGAACGAGGUGACGUCACUGAAGUCGGAGGUGGGUCAGCUGAAGCAGAUUCUGCUCACCCACAAGGACUGUCCUGUCACUGCUCGGCAGAGGGAGGCACAGGGGUACCCCAACACCUGGUGCUCCCACUUUGAGAACCACUGCUCUACACACCGAGGACCUUAAAGUGGACCUAUUAUGCUUUCUCCUAUUUUCUGUCAUAUAUACGCACUGUUAUUAAAACUGGUACCAGUUUUUUUUAUGUAUGUACAUGUGAGCAAAGAAUUUGUUUUUUCCUCAUAGACAUCUGUAUGAUGUCAAAAGAGGGGAUAUCCUUAUGUGGUUAUGUCAGGUAUGCAGCCAUGGCUGUGAGCACAGAAGCCCCACCCAACCUGCUUUUCAAAUCUUCUGUUCUGGGCACAGCAGUUGUUUCAGAAAGCUGACUAAAAAGGGGAGGGAGACAAAGGGACAAACAGGAAUUAUCAUGCAAAAUGAGCAUAAUAGGUCUACUUUAAACUGUGUCUUAAAGUGCUAAACAAACAGCACAAAAGAGUAAAGUAAGUCUUGCUUUAAACCCCGCUGUGUCCAAAAAAAUUAGCAAUGCACUUUUGAAGAGAUCAGGGUGAAAAAAGCACUGCACUCUUGAUUUAAUUUAAAGGAAUAUCAAGUUUGUCAUUCUGUUUUAAUGAACCACACCGCAAUGGUAUUUGAGAUAACUUGUAGUACCAUGCUACUAGCAUUGUUUUUGCCUUGCAUGAAGCUAGCAGGGAACAAGUUGCCUUUCUUGCACUCCACAGGCGGCUUCAAGUUUAUGUCAAACAGUGACUGAAACUGACCUGUAACGAAAGAUAUUUAAAAAGUGAAACGCUGUGGCCUAAGCAGACAAAGACGUAUGUGUCAAGAGUUUCAUAGAACAAAGAGAGAUGCAAUAUUGGCACAUUUCAUAUUCAUAUAUUUCUACUGUUCUUUAUACAUGUAUGUACAGUAUUCAA